AUGUCUGUUAUAUCCUCGAAAAGUUCUAUUUUAUCUAUAUUAAAAACACCUGGCUCUGGACCUAGAAAUUCUUUACAGCAAGUGAAAUUUCAAUUACCUAGUGACAUAAAAAGAAUAUUUCUUAAUUUUAAGUCUGGAACAAAUACAAAAGAAUAUGAAAAUCUCGUUUGUACUAUAAGAGAUUCAGAAUUCACUGAUGAUGAUUUACUACAUUUGUUAAAAGAAGCAAAAAAUUGUACAUCACUAUUAAAUUAUGAUUUAAGACUAUUUGUGCAAGCAUUAAUUUUAGUUAGAUGGAGUCAUAGAGGAGACAAUGUUGUCAAAUCAUAUCAGGAAUUUGUAAAUGAUUUAAUAUCAGCUCAUUCUUGCCACAUAAAAUUAGUUGUAGAUCAAUUGAUCAAAUUGUUUUUAAAUUAUGAUGAUUCCGAUUGGAUUAAUGAUCUUCCCUCUGAAAAAGCAGAUCAGCAGUCUGAUGAUAUUUUAAUAGAUGCAAUUAAAAACAAUUUCCCUUAUUUCACUUUACCUGCUUACAAACAAAUGGCAUAUUUAUAUAAUAUAUUAAAAAUAAUUCAGUAUCAAUCUGAUUUACGCAUAAAUAUUUUACAAAUAGCAUUCAAUAAAUUAAUACUUUUAGAUGUUAAUUCCCCUAGGGAAGAUAUUUUACAAUAUGAAGAAUCCUCUGAUGGCAUUCUCUAUGAUGAGGAAGAAGAAGAAAGUAAUUCGAAACCUAAAAUGAAACACCCAAUUGCAAAUGCUCUUGAUUUAAUGAUAAACGUUUUGUUUAAAUUUAUUAAAAGGGAGUGUUUUUCAAAUGAAAAAUUUAAUAAACAAAAAUGUGUAGAAUUAUAUAAUGACUUAUUAAUAGUUUUUGAAAAUGUGAUACUUCCAACCCAUCAAUGCCAUCAUAUACAAUUUGUUAUGUUUUACAUUUGUAGUUUUGAUACAAAUGUAGCUAGUGAUUUUUUAAAAUUUCUUUGGAAAAUAGUAACUUUGCCCAAUAUUUCACCUGUGAUCAGACAGACGGCAGUAGGUUAUAUAUCUAGUUUUUUGGCUAGAGCUGGGUUUUUGUCUUUAGGGUAUUUAAAAAAUUAUUUAAUUAAACUUAGUGAUUGGAUACAUAAUUAUAUAACAUUACAAGAUUCUUCGUUAGAGUGCCAAUUAGAUUUUAAACAGCAUUGCGUUUUUUAUUCUAUUUGUCAAUCAAUGUUCUAUUUAAUAGCAUUCAGGCAUCAGGAUUUAUUAAAUUCAUCAAUAAAAUUAGUAUUUCUUCAAAGUUUGAAUAUACCGAAAAUAGUAUCGAGCAAAUUAAAUCCUCUAAAAUUUUGUAUACCUAGUAUAGUGGAAAAUUUUGCAGCUAUUACAAGAGCAUACCAGCUAGCUUAUUGUUACACUAUUAUAGAAAGUAAUUCAAGAAAAACAUUACCUCUUGUAGGUAAAGGUGGACAAUUCAUCAUUAAUUCAAUUGUAGAUAUGUAUUUUCCAUUCGAUCCCUACGUUUUAUUAAGAACAAGUGAACUUAUUACUCCCUUGUAUAGGGAAUAUAAGUCAUCAUUACAAGAUAUCACAAGCAUCAAUUCAAAAAAACGAAGACUAUGCAGUGGAACAGAAGAUGAAGAUGAUUUUCUAAAAGAAGAAGUUCCUUUAGAAAAUACCGAAAUAGUGCUUUAA